AUGGGUGUCGAAGCACUCGAUUUCCCCCAAAUGUGGGAACGUCCCAGCUACACUCAACUAGCAGGCAUUCUCCAGAGUCUCGAACUUAGCCCUCCAAUAUGGAACCACAAGCGUCGUCGCUCCGAGAUCCUCGAGGAGCAGGAAUCUCUUGCCAGCCAGCGCAAGGCAGAAGUUACUCGAUAUCUCUCCUCUAUCAUCAAGAGCCCCUUGUCAUGGAUCGACGACGAUGAUGAGAAGGAGGUUCUCUGGACGCAGGCAAGCAAGCGCAUGUCGGAGCGGUGUGGACGUACGGCCAUGGGAGAGGUUAUUCGCAGAUGGCCCUUUGGAGAGGGAAACGACGAGUUCGAGUUGAUCAUUCGAGAACCGGCGCUUACCGGAGAUUCUCUGGGUUUCAAGACCUGGGGGUCUUCGUAUGUGCUAUCGCAGCAUCUUCCUCGCAUGGCCGAGACAUCACUAUUUCGAUUGUUCGAUGAGACGUUGGGUCAACCACGACCUGAUGUCCUCGAACUCGGUUCUGGGACUGGCCUCCUGGGUCUUGCCGCAGCAGCUCUAUGGAAAGUCCCCGUAGCACUCAGCGAUCUUCCUAACAUCGUUCCAAAUCUUAGAGAGAACGUGGCCAAGAACACUGAGCUUGUCAAGUCUCGCGGGGGAUCACUCACAGUCGGCGAUCUCACCUGGGGAGGGAGCCAAGACGAGGUCGAUCAGACCCUGUUUGGGCAGCCGAAUCAGUUCAAGAUUGUCCUCGCGGCUGAUCCCAUGUACGACGAUGAACACCCUGCGCUUCUCGCCUCAGCCAUCAGCGACCACCUUGCUCUUGGCUCCGAUUCACGCGCUGUCGUCAUGGUCCCGCGUCGAGAUGCCACCACAGAGCGCCUCCUCGAGUCGUUCCGCCAGGCUAUGCUUGACCUCGACACCCCCUUGUUCUGUGAGGAAGAGGACGAACUUGCGGGACAGGACGACUGGGUUGAGGACGAUGACGCGGGAAAUGUGCGGUGCUGGCUGGGUGUCUUCAGCCGUGGUGGCUCACCGCCGACUCAAGUCGGUGAUGCAGCACCCAUAUAG